CCUUCCUUCCUUCAUUUGUCUCGCUGCCUUUUUCUCCCCCAUCAGCAUUAGACGCACGCGGCCUCCGCCUCGUCUCGUCCCCUUGGCCUCGCUCCAAUCGAUCUCACCCACCAAACCGGAGCACCCGAUCCCCCGGAGCCGGCGAGCAGCGAGCGACGCGGCCCACCGUCCGUCCGUCACCAUGCUCAGGGUCGCGGGCAGGCGUCUCUCGUUCGCCCUCGCUUGGCGCCCCGCCGCCGCCGGCACCCGGGGUCCCCUCGCCGGCGCCCUACCCCGCGACGACGAUGAUUCCUCACGUGACCGCAAGCCGUACUUCUCCAUCAACUCCCCCUUCUUCGCCGCCACCAGAGGGUUCUCAGCUGAAACUCUUGUUCCAAGAAAUCAGGAUACAGGCUUAGCUGAGCUCCCAGCAACUGUGGCAGCUAUGAAGAACCCAAGUGCCAAAAUCGUCUAUGACGAGUAUAACCACGAGCGCUACCCGCCCGGGGACCCCAGCAAGCGUGCAUUUGCCUACUUUGUGUUGAGUGGUGGGAGAUUCAUUUAUGCCUCUUUGUUGCGUCUGCUCAUCUUGAAAUUCGUCCUGAGUAUGUCAGCUAGUAAGGACGUGCUUGCGCUUGCCUCCAUUGAGGUUGACCUCUCAAGCAUCGAUCCUGGCACCACAGUGACUGUGAAGUGGAGGGGCAAGCCAGUUUUCAUCAGGCGAAGGACAGAGGAUGACAUCAAGCUGGCCAACAGCGUUGAUGUCGCAUCUCUCCGUCACCCAGAGCAGGAUGCAGAGCGUGUGAAAAACCCUGAGUGGCUUGUUGUCAUUGGUGUCUGCACUCAUCUGGGCUGCAUUCCGCUCCCCAACGCAGGAGACUUUGGCGGUUGGUUCUGCCCAUGCCAUGGUUCGCACUACGACAUCUCUGGUAGGAUCCGGAAGGGCCCAGCACCCUUCAAUCUUGAGGUGCCAACGUACAGCUUUAUGGAAGAAAACAAGCUUCUCAUCGGCUGAGAGUACUGGCUGUUGUAUUUGACGCUGUCAUUUUCCUAUGGUUUGACUAUUACCUUUUUGCUGCUUGGGUAUACCUUUGAUGGACUGUUAUCUGAAUUUAGUGCUGUUCCUGGCACCAGAUGGUAAUGAAUAACCUGCUGCUACUUUGAUAUAUUUUAAUUAAGGUCAAGUUUGGGUCUCUGUUUCCUGUGCACAAUAGGAAAGAUAUUGUAAUCCCUUAGCUGGCACAGACCUUUUCGUUCAAUCUCGUAUAUGUCAGUAACUGCUCUGUUCUCAGAUUGAUUGGA